GCAAAACUUUUGCGAGAUCUCGCUCCUUUUUGAUAGCAGUUCAGUUGAAGGGUGCGGACAUGGAGGAGGAUUUAGAACAUUUUUUGCGGUCAAGAGAGGUCCCACACGACGACAUCAUGCACAUGCAACAAGACAAAGUGGAUAAGGCAGUGCUGUCCGUCAUGACUGAUGGACAAAUGGCAAAAUACAUAAGGACAUAUGGUGACAGAGUAGCUGUCAAGUCCUUCUGUCAACAAACUAAGUACAGCACAGAUAAAGAGACUCUUCUGCAGAACCUAAGAGAUAAAAUUGCGGCACGGAAAGUAAGAUCAAAAACCAAAGGAGUGCUGUGUGGUUCAUCAGGUGUGUUCCACAAGCAAGGUGAAGGGAUGGCAAGACAGAGAAAUACUGCAGGAGAGAAGACCUGCAGAAAAAUAGAAAUCGGAUGGCUUCAUUUUAGCAGUAAUGAAUACCGUCAAGUGAGAACCAGAAAUGGUGGAGGAACAAGACAUGCAACUGUGGAAAAAACUACAACUGUAGCUAAGAUUUUGGAAAUGGGAAAGGACCUGUUUUUUCCAGAUGGGAACUCGCCAAAAGGGAGAGUUGAAGACUUUGACAUUGAUGUCUGUGAUUUUAAAAGAAAUUCGAUUCCUUUAGAUGACACUGUUGGCAAACUUUAUGAACAAACCAAAUUGAAGAUCCUGAGAUUUUACAUUUGCACGAAAGAUGAAACACCGUCAACAGUUCAGUCCUCAUCUGUAGAGGAUUUUUCUGUCAGCAUAACUGAAGAAGAUUCACCGGUGACAUUACUUGGAUCUGACAGUGAGACAGAUGAUUUUGUCCCAGAUCUACUUGACCAUGGGGAUUCAUCUGACAGUGACACUGGCAAACAGAUUCACAAUUUCCAGAGGGAACCCAAUCCAAAAAAACUGAAAUCACUCUGUGAGGCAGUGACAACACAAAGUCCAGGAAAAUCACAUCAUAUGCAUUCAACCCCAACAGACAUUAAAAACACUGUCGUGGGACAGCGGCAGCAGAAUGACUCAAAUGAUCAUGAUUUCCCUGACCACUGCUCUGAAAUUAUUGAUCUGACCAGUAUAGUUCCUAAUAAAUCCUUCAAACUAGAGUCCCGGGACAAACUUCCAGAAGAUUUGGAAUUUCGUUUUCCAGACAUAGAUGAAGCGGAUACGGUUCUAUGGAAUCCUGAAGAGGAUCUUGUCAGAGCCCAUGGUGAUGACACAGUUGUGAUAACCCUGAAUUAUGUCAACAGUGAGGAUCUCACACAGAAUGCCGACACAAAUGGAUUACCUAUGGAUGGUUUCCUGCUCCCAUUGUCUUCAGCUAAUGGCUUGCCCACACCCCAUAUGCAGUCAAUACUGGAGGAAGCAACCCAGAUUGCACAGGUUAGCACCUCAUACCACAGUGCAGCAAAGCAGUGUCAUGAGUGCUGGGAAGGACAAGCCCAGACCCCAAAACAGACAGUGUAGGAGAUGACAAGGUUAGUAAUUGUAUGGUGAAAAAUUAUACUUUUUCUACUCUUCUGAGCUUUAUACAACUUGUGCAUUCACCCAAGCAUAUUUUUCCUAAGUGCUUUCUAACUAACAUUCACACUCCGGUGGAUGCAUCGGAGAGCAAUUUGGGGUUAGUAUCUUGCCCAAGGAUAUUUAGGACAUGCAGACUAGGAGAAGCCAAGAAUCGAACCACCAACCUUCCGAUCAGUAGAUGACCUGCUUUACCACCUGAGCUACAGCCACCCCUUUUAGUCAGCUUGACUGGCAAAAGAAAAGUAAAUACAAAAUCUGCUUCUCACAUAUAGGGCAUUUGCAAGAUUUUUUUCAGAACUUCUUCCCUUUAUUUCAUUACAGCUGUCCUGUGUCAGAUGUUCUGUUGACCCACUGUGGGAGGCAUCAUUUCAGAAAGACCAGGAAGACUGAAACUCACCAGCAGCUCCCUCACAAGAGGGAUAAACCCAGCAUUUCAUGAACACUGAUGGAGACCUUUGCUUUGUGUAAUGUUAGAAGUACUCAGAUAAUCCUCAGAGGGUCUGGACUUUUACACAAUAUAAUAUCUUUAAGUCCUGUAGAAAGUUAAAUAUAUGUUGUGCUCUCUGGUUACUCUGGUAUGAAUGACUCUGAAUUGCUUUAUGGUAAAUAACACACUUUUGACAAAAAACAGUGAAAGAAUUCCAGAUCACAAGUUUUUAGUUUAAAAUACAAGUAACAACCUUUGACUUUAAUCAGGUUUUAUUUAAAUGUGUCAGAGAAAACAUCUUGUGCUCUUCAUGUAGCUGAGUACAUUCAGUGUUUAAAACAUAAGUUGUGCAGGUCUGAGAUCAGCAGUUUUCUGAAACCUCAAACUGAGGUACUGUUAAUGCUGAUGUAUAGUGACACAGUUACAUGGGUGAUUAAUCCUUUUGACUUUUUGUCUUUAAAUUUAUCAAUAAAACAGCUGCAGCUUUCACUGACAGCACAUGUGGUACUUUAA